AUGCACUGUGCUUUCGACUGUUUCCCCAUUCCCAUAUUUAAUAGAGCUAAUGAGUUGAAAGCGGUAGACUGGUGGAAGGUACUUUGCAAGAGAAAGAAGUCGAUAAUGUCUUCAGAACAUGGAGCUAACAAACGGCAUCAUAACCCAGUGGACAGUAUUUGCAGAAAGAUCAAAUCUAUCCAAAUGAUGGAUCAAGUCUCUAAUCCUGCUUUGCAGAUACCAAAAUUUCAGUCCCGGAACUUUGACAGUCCACAGUGUAAUAUCAAAAAGAAUCUAGAAGAAAUACUAAAGAAAAGAACUUUUAGAAGCAACAGAUGGAAACAGUCGCUGGGGUACAAAGCUGACGAUAUGUAUGAUGUGAGCUUGAUUUGUGAAGAAGACCUGCUGACUACUAUCUUCUGUGCCUGUGACAUAGAGCAUACAGGAAAAGUAGCAGUUUCCAAGAUUGUUGAUUAUCUGAGACAUACAACUAGUCGGGGAUCAGAAGACAGUGGUCUCGAAGAGCUGUGCAACAUGCUUGACCCAGAUCAAAGAGACAUCUCUGUGGACCUGGAAACAUAUCAUGCCAUCAUGAAAGAGUGGAUUGAAGACUGUAAAAGAAAACGGGAAGAUGAUGCCACUGAGGAACCAACAGCAAGCAUGGAAGACUUGGAAUUUAAAGUACAUAAAAACAUUUCUGAAGCAAAAAGGAUGCCUGUCCGAAUGAAUGUUACAUCAGGAAGCUUGGAGGCCUUUGGGGGUGAUGUGUCUAAAGGAGACAUGGAGACUUCUGACUUGAUAACCUGUGUCGCAGACCUGCAGUACAACAACCAGAAGCUUCAGGAAGAGAACAACAAGUUGAAGCUGACGCUGGAAGCUGUGGAUGAGGCUAACAAUAAGUUAAUGGUGGAUAACGAGGAUCUACAUCAACAAAUAAAAAGCAUCCAGCACUCUGUGCUGAAAGCCAAAUUGCUGGAAGAAGAACUGGAAGAAGCAAAAAACAACCUAAACCUCUCAGAAGAGAAGAGACAGCAGAUUCUAUGCCAGAAUAAACAGCUAAACAUUAGGAAUAGCCUGGACACUGAUGGACUUCAAAAGAAGAUUUUGGAGUUGUCUAAAACUGCAGCAGAGCUUCAAACUUUGCGAGCAGAAAAAAAUAAGCUACUAGAGAACAUGCAACACAUGCAGCAGGAGCUGAUCUCGAAUGGUCUGAGCUUCCCAUUAAUGUACAAAUUUAACAGCAGUAUUGUUGAAGGAACAAAUUCACUGCACUGUGAGCUGGAACUUGCUCAGGCUUCUGAGAUUACCAAGACUGAAUGGACAUCUCUGGAUGAAACACUGGACCGUGAAGUGCUGUUCUUACUUCAAGGACCUGAAUGUGCAGGAGAGAAAUUUAAGGCUAUUAUGCAAAAUCUGCAAGCAGAAGCUACUGAACCAGAGGAGCUUGUUAUGACUUCUUUACAAUGGGUGGAAGAUCCUGAUGUGAACAUACAGCAAGCUUGGGAGAGAAAGCUUGUAAUUCUCAAGCAAGAGCUGGAAGAAAAAAGAGAGCUUUGGAUCCAGAAACUUCAUCUCUUAGAAAAAUGCAAAGAAUCCAUAGAUAAGGAUUUUAUUAGAGUGGCAGGCAACCUGAGGCGAACCAAGACAGAGCAACUUCACUUAAGGAAAGAGCUCUCUGCCAGGCAACGUGAGAUAGAAACUGUCAAACAGUUGCAAGAAGAAGCUGCUGGCCAGGCAGAAGCCCUUGGUUUAGAUCUAGAAAAAGCUACAAAGCAGCUUGAGGAUGCCAACAAACGGGCAAAGGAUCAAGUUGAAGCAUUUCUCUCUGCUCGCGAGGAAGCCUCGUCCUUGAAAUUCAGGUUAGAGGAAGCCAUUUCUGAGCAGCAAAAACUGAAGGAUAUGAAUGCAGCUUUAACAAGUACUUGCCAGUUGCUUCAGGAAAAGGUGGAAGAGCAGAAAAGUGAGUAA